AAUUUAUUGAACAGUCUAUUAACUACACUGAACUUGAGCGCAUCUAUAGAAAAUGAAGCUUAUUUAUCAGCUAAUUCUAUUUGCUUUAUUGAUCAACAUUUGUCUUGGUAGUUCGCAGCAGCAACGCCAAAAUUGUAAAAAUCAACACAAUGUGACGGAUAAUGACCUCGCAGCCUUACCAGCAACUGCCACAGUUGCUGAUAUUCCCAAAAACAUAAAAUGCUUUCUAAAAUGUGUUUUACAACCAUUAUUAAUAGCUGAAAAUCGAAAUUAUGAUACAGACAAAGAACAGAAAUUCAUGCGUUGUAAGGAGAAAUACGAAAAUGUGGAAGAUUGGUCUGGUUGUGAUUAUGAAACUAAUAUAUUUUUAUGUCUGGAUUGGUUGUAAAAUUUACUGAUUAUAUGAACGAAAAAAAAGUUAUUGUCAUUGAUUUUUAAAUUUCAUUAAAAAGCUUGUGUUCUGAUAUGUAUCAUUAAA